CUUGGCCAUAUCACACUCAGCUGGAAAUCAUCUAUUUAGUGGUAAUAGAAGGAUCUGAGCACAAGAGAGAGGCCUGGGUUGGAGAGAGAAUAUUUCAGAACUGAUAGCCCAUGGUACUUGAUAGCCCAUGCUGCUGCUGCAGCACCACCCUGACUUCACCUGGGAUCUCCUGGCAGGGAGCAGGCCCGGGAGCAGGAGCAGGAGAAGCUGCUGCUGCAGCACCACCGUGACUUCACCUCAGAUCUCAAUGAAGACGAAGUGCCGCUGGCCCCCGAACACAGGUGCUGGGCCGGGGCCUCCUGCAGGAUGCUGGUGGAGAGGUUCUCUGUGUCCCUGCAAGUCAUCCCACCUGUGCAUCCGGGUGAGACUGUGUUUCUGCCCAGGCGUCACCCCCUGCCCUGCAUUCUGGACUCCUCACAUCUAAAGCCACACAACCACCUUGAAGAACUGUUUCUCAGCUCCCCAGUGGCACAACAGCUCUCCUUCCUGCACAAUGGCCUCCUGAGCAACCUGUACCUGCACACCUCUGACUGCCCGGUGCCUCUGCUCCAGUGGCUGUUCCAGCUGCUAACAUGGCCUCCAGAAACUUCUUCAAGAGCCUUCGACCUCCUGUGGGAUCUCAGUGUGGAUGGGCUCUUCUGUCAGUCCGAUGAAGACAUGCGCUUGUGGUACCCCUCGUUGCAGGAGGUCAUGGAGGUGUUCCAUAGCCUGGGAGCCCACAACCCUGCCCUAUACCUGCUGGGGCCCUUUCAGCAUGGCAGCAGACUACUGGAAAGCGAGGCCAGCCUGAGCUGGCUGCAGCAGCAGGACCCUCCCCAGGCGGUGGCCUUGGACCUGAGCCUGAGCUACAUCUACAAGUUCCUCACGCUGUGUGCCCUAGCCCAGCCGGGGGCCUACACAGACGCACACCUCCUGGGCCUCAUAGAGCUGCUCUGUCGCGCCAGCCUGGACGUGGGGCUCCGCCUGAUGCCCAAGAGCGACCUCCAGCAGCUCCUGCUCCUGCUCCUGGAGAACAUCCGCGAAUGGCCGGGGAAGCUCCAGCCUCUGUGCUGUGCCCUCAGCUGGGUGUCCGACCACCACCACAACCUGCUGGCUCUUGUGCAGUUCUUCCUGGACGUGACCCCCCGGGGCAGGCAGCUUCGAGGCCAGCUCAGCCUUGUGGUCAUCGCCCGGAUGCUCGGCCAAGAGGAACUUCCUCUCUGGCAAGAGAAGAUGCAGCUGUCCUUGCUCAGUCAACUCCUAAGCCUCAUGAGGCCAUCAUCCCUGGGGCAGUACCUGGGCUCUGAGCCCUUGCCACCCUGCCAGGAGCAACAGCCAAAGGCCAGUGCUGCACUGGACCAUAAGGUCUGCUACAUGUGCCACAGCCUCCUGACACUGGCUGGAGUGGUGGUCAGCAGCCAGGAUAUUACUUCAGACCAGUGGGGUGAGCUGCAGCUGCUCUGCAUGCAGUUGGACCGCCACAUCAGCACCCAUAUCCGGGAGAGCCCCCAGGCCAUGCACCGGACCAAGCUCAAGGACCUGGCCACCCAGACCUACAUCCGUUGGCAGGAGCUACUGGCCCACUGUCAGCCCCAGGCCCAGUACUUUAGCCCCUGGAAAGACAUCUAAAGGAGCAAGGGCAGGGCAGCCCAGAGCUCUUGACUCCAGCAGGAAGUGAACAGGACUCCAGGAACUGCAGGAGGCAAAGAAUGGAGGCCAAAGGAGGUCCCAGAGUGAGAGGCCUGAUGAAGCAGGAGCCCUCUCCACCACGGUCAGCUGCCCGCAAGGCUCGGCCACUCCCUGCCCAGCCCACCCUUCUGCUCCCAGCCCUUCCCAGCAGCAAUUCCUCCCCAAGGCUUUUGCCUCAUGGCUCUGAUUUCCUGGGGCCUCCUGGGCCCUCCUAGGAGUCUUCCCCUCUCUCCACCCUCUCUCCUUGACUCUAAUGUGAGGUUCCUUUGUGACAUUAAAGUUUAUUUCAGCAUCA